GUAAUGUGACAUGUGAAAGCGAGAGAAAGCUGAUGGACGCUGAGUGAGACGAGCAGAGAGGAUACUACGGUUCAAUACAGUGGUAACUUCACUCACCUUAAACCCCACAUUCACUCUAACGCUUCACAUAUUCAUACUGCAGCGUUGUGCCAGGUGUGUGUACAAGCAAAGAUGACGAUGCCGCACGUAGGGGCAGUAUUUGGAGCAAUAGCAGGAGUGAUGGCCAUCAUGUUGCACUCCUCCAUUCACAAGAUAGAAGAAGGACACCUUGCUGUGUACUACAGAGGUGGGGCAUUGCUGACUUCUCCCAACGGUCCUGGAUAUCACAUUAUGCUGCCUUUCAUUACCACCUUCAGAUCAGUGCAGACAACUCUCCAAACUGAUGAGAUCAAGAAUGUGCCUUGUGGAACAAGUGGUGGUGUGAUGAUCUAUUUUGACCGAAUAGAAGUUGUUAACAUGCUGGUCCCUUUAGCAGUGGUGGAAAUUGUGCGGAACUACACAGCUGAUUAUGACAAAACUCUAAUUUUCAAUAAGAUCCACCAUGAACUCAACCAAUUCUGCAGUGUACACACGCUACAGGAGGUCUACAUUGAGUUGUUUGACAUUAUAGAUGAGAACCUGAAGACUGCUUUGCAGAAAGAUCUUAAUUGUAUGGCACCUGGACUUACAAUACAGGCAGUCCGUGUUACCAAACCAAAGAUCCCUGAAUCUAUCAGGAGGAACUUUGAACUCAUGGAAGCGGAGAAGACUCGUCUGUUGAUAACAGCUCAGACUCAGAGGGUGGUGGAAAAGGAAGCUGAGACUGAAAGGAAGAGGGCCAUUAUUGAGGCUCAAAAAGUGGCCCAGGUAGCAGAGAUCCAGUUCCAACAGAGGGUGUCGGAGAAAGAGACGGACAAGAAGAUCUCUCAGAUAGAGGAUUCUGCCUUCUUGGCGAAGGAGAGGGCUAAGGCUGAUGCAGAAUAUUACACUGCUGCCAAGUUCGCUGAAGCAAACAGGGUGAAGUUAACCCCAGAGUACCUGGAACUGAUGAAGUUCCAGGCCAUCGCAGCCAACAGUAAGAUCUAUUUUGGCCAGGACAUCCCUAACAUGUUUGUAGAGGGAACCACCAGCCCCCCUAAGUCUGUGCGCCCCCUUCAACAACCAGACUUGCUUAAAGGAAAGCCAGAGGGACAGUGAGUCCAUAGCUCUGCCUCUGCACAGAACAGGAGAAACUGAUGAGGACUUGUCUUGUCUGUGAGGUAGAGAGCACUGAACUGAAGAUGAUGUGUGGGAUAGCUUCGCAGCUAGUUUCGUGAAUAACGCACUUCAGUCUUAAAUCUAAAUGGCAAGGAAAGUGUGUGAAAAUGUAAGGACAAGCAGAAGUGAGCGCUAGAGAAGGCUAGAUAAAAGGGACAGUUUUUUUUUUUACCUUCCACUCUUUGGGGGGAAUUUUUAGGAAUGAGAAUGAUGCCAUAGUUAAAAAUCAAAAGCAUAAUAAAUGCUUAUGCCUGGGAAGGUGACAGCAAGUAGUCGCCCUAAUUUACAUGUGCUUGCGAUCAGUGCGGUGUUUAACUUUGCUGUUGGAGCUGCAUUACUUUUGUUUGUUGUAUGCAAGAGGAAUGAUUUGUGGUGAAAAUGUUUUUUUUGAGAAUUAAUAUCUGGUUGAGCUGAACUGGAAUCUAAGAGGUGACACUAAUUAAUUAAUGAAUUAAAAAUAGUAUGGUUUGUGAAGGUGUGUAAUGUGGGUAGGUCAUCUCUGUGCCAUCUUUUACACUAAAUCACUGGUGGGCUCUUCUCUCUCAACAAGAGUCAGUGUGAGGACUUUUUCAUCACACCUCCUAUCAAAUGCUGCUCGGGGAUAGUUCUGAGUAGUGAGCAUUAAACAUUUGUCAUUAACAUUUCCAGUUGGCUUUAAUCAUACAGACAUGAGCUGUGAGAGAUUUUUGAACGAUAGCGCUCUAGAAACAAGUGGCCUGACUUUGUUGAAUUUGCAUAAAGUUGUAUACAAUCCUACAGAUACUCACGUGUUUUGAGGUUGGAGGGCUUUCAUCAUGUGUUCACAGUUUAUAUAGUUAAUAUACAGUGGUGUCAGAUUGGUAGUAAUGUACUUUAUUUUCUGUUAUCUUGGUGGUAGUUUGCUGUUAUUAGUUGUGAUUGAGAGUGUAGCCACCUCAGAAAGACUUGCACUAAGACCUGCUGUGGCAUUUACUGCGAGUAAAAAAGGUUCUAGUGCUGCCAAUGAAAAAUCUGAUUUUCUCUUCCAGCUUUUAGAAGUUUAAUUAAAACUUAAUUGAUAUGGGAGCGAAACAAUAAAGCGGUGGAAUGAUAGUGCCACAGGAGGAAGUCGUGAUUUGUAUCUCUUGUCAAGGAGUUAGUACAUCUUUCUUUCCUCCAUCUGGUUUUGAUCAUCAGGGGCAUGCAUGUGGAAAAUGUGUAGUGGCUUGAUUCAGAUGAUUAGUAGUGCCUGCGAUUGUCUGCCAACUCUGUUAUGCAGCUUAUUCAGAUGUGGGGAAAUGUAAAUUCUCAGGAAAUUGACUUUUAUUUUAAUAAAGCAGCUGCUCAAUGUUGGACAGAGCUAACACCCUUAAAAGUCAAAAUUGACAAUUGUGCAAGAAAAAAAGUCAGAACCAUAAAAAAGGAAAAUAAGUAUUUGAUUUGAGGAUAAGCAAAGCUAUGAUUUCAUUUCACUAGACUCAAACUUUGUGUCUUCUGCAAAUAUUUAAGGUGCCAUUUUUAGUGCACCCUCACCAUUUUAUUGCACCAUCUAUUUACAGUGAGUGUCUGUGGCAUUGAAUAUCAUGAGCAUGAAGAAAUAAUAUAAACAGAAGCUCCUUUCCACAGUCAAUGUUUACAUUUUUCUGUAAUUCAAGAAUUGAUGGACUGCAAAGUUUUUCAGUCUUUGCUAAACAAGAUCAUUUUAAUGGCAACACAUGGCUCCUAAUUACAGUGUUAACUUACUCUUAAGUGAGAAUUUGUUGAACCUCUGAUCAGUUUUGUGUGACGAUAUGAGUUCCAGUACAACACAACAAGCUUUGCUCUAUUAAAAGAUGAAUGUUGAUAAAGCUUGGGCUUAAAUAAGAUGCAAGUUGGUGCUAGUUUUUAUUAUGUGUUAAUGAUGCUUUUGGUUUUUCUUCAGCUCUACUAUAUAGUACUUCCACUAUUGAAUGCAAGCCUUAAAUAAUAAUGGGUUACCCCAAACUUUGAAGAUUCAGUGAUUCUUAUUAACUAAAAAGCUCCAUUUUGAACUUAACUGUGAGACUUCUUAAAGAGCUUAAAUGUACAUGCUGAACUGUGCGGCCUCCUCAUAGACUCUAGCUGAGAAAGACAGAACUAGCUGUGGACACUACUAGUGUUUCGAAGAUGUCCUCGUGUUUACUUGACCUAUGAAUGGCAGUUAAAGGCUGCGCUCUGUAUUUGCUUUGGUGGCGGGUUCAAAUAAAGAUGCAAAAGAGGGGUAUGAAUCACUCAUGAAAAUGAUUUUUUUCUUCGUCAAUAUUUUGUACAAUCUGUGAAAUUCAAACAUUGUCUCCUUGUUUUAAAAAGGUUUAUAUGCAAAAAAUGUUUUCAAGUUUUGACAAUGUUCUUAUGUAAAAUAAAACCUAUUUUGGUACCUCUCUUCUC